AUGGCUAGCAACAUUACCAACAAGACAGAUCCUCGAUCCAUGAAUUCCCGUGUAUUCAUUGGGAAUCUCAAUACUCUUGUGGUCAAGACGUCUGAUGUGGAGACAAUCUUUUCAAAGUAUGGCAAAAUUGUGGGUAGCUCUGUGCAUAAGGGCUUUGCCUUCGUUCAAUAUGUUAACGAAAGGAAUGCCCGGGCAGCUGUAGCUGGAGAGGAUGGCAGAAUGAUUGCUGGCCAGGUUUUGGAUAUUAAUCUGGCUGCAGAGCCAAAAGUGAACCAAGGAAAAUCAGGUGUGAAACGAUCUGCAGCGGAGAUGUACGGGUCCUCAUUUGAUUUGGACUAUGACUUUCAAUGGGAUUAUUAUGACAGGAUGUACCCAGCACGAUAG